UUAUGUUGAGUCCCAGCUGGUUCUGUCGGCGUAGAGUAUCAUAGCAUUCCCAUAAGCAGUGGAAUUAAGUUUUACCUUUGGUUAACUACUAACCGUCUUGCUUAGAUACUUAACCACCUCUCUCUAUUUCUCUCUACAAAAUUCGUAACUGAAAAAAAAAAAAAUUUACAAUAAUUCCUCUGUUGUUUCCUGCUAUAGAGUGAAGUGAAAGUGAAAGCUUUAGAGAACUCAACAGCAAUGAAAAAAGGAGAGGAUGAUCGGAGACGAAGAUUUCGAUGCCUUUGAAGAAUGAUCGUUAAAACGGUUCGUUUGGUUAUUGAAACGCAUUGGCAGCAUUGGAAUUGAACUGAAGAUUCCGGCAAUGAUUUCGAGAUCCGAAGAAAAAAAAACUUUUAAGACAAAAAUGUAUUGAUUUUUCGUCUUUUUUUUUUCUUUUUUUCUCCUCUUAAUUUCUCUUUUUGUUCGUAAUUUUGACUUGAAAAAAAAUCGAGUAAAAAGUUAAAAGCAAUGGAGUCUCGGAUGGAUCAUUAUGAGAUCAUGGAACAGAUCGGCCGUGGUGCUUUCGGUGCAGCCAUUCUCGUUCAUCACAAAUCCGAGAAGAAAAAGUACGUGUUGAAGAAGAUCAGAUUGGCGCGGCAAACGGAGCGUUGUAGGAGAUCUGCACAUCAAGAAAUGGCACUAAUUGCGCGAAUUCAGCAUCCUUACAUUGUUGAAUUUAAGGAAGCUUGGGUUGAGAAAGGUUGCUAUGUUUGCAUUGUUACUGGAUACUGUGAAGGUGGUGAUAUGGCUGAAUUGAUGAAAAAAUCAAAUGGGGUGUAUUUCCCUGAGGAGAAACUUUGCAAGUGGUUUGCACAGCUACUUCUGGCUGUUGAAUAUCUGCAUUCAAAUUUUGUUCUGCAUCGUGACCUAAAAUGUUCCAACAUUUUUCUUACCAAAGAUCAAGAUGUCCGCCUUGGGGAUUUUGGGCUUGCCAAAACUCUGAAGGCAGAUGAUUUGGCUUCCUCGGUGGUUGGAACUCCCAAUUACAUGUGUCCUGAACUGCUUGCUGAUAUUCCUUAUGGUUUCAAGUCUGAUAUCUGGUCUCUGGGGUGCUGUAUGUAUGAGAUGGCUGCUCAUCGCCCUGCUUUUAAAGCUUUUGACAUGGCAGGGUUGAUAAGCAAGAUAAAUCGUUCCUCUAUUGGCCCUUUGCCCUCUUGCUACUCUCCAUCCUUGAAAACACUUAUCAAAGGCAUGCUAAGAAAAAAUCCAGAGCAUCGACCCAGUGCAUCAGAACUUUUGAAGCACCCUUAUUUGCAGCCAUAUGUUGAUCAGUAUCGUCCGUCCUUCAGCUGCCCGUCAACGAAUUGCUCAGUGGAUAAGCAUAUUUCCACUGGUCGUGAUAAUAGGAAAAAUAUGGCUGAGAGUCAGAAUAGUAAUAGCUCAUGUAGUGAUAAAGAUAGUUUGCUUUCAGGUGACAGAAACACUGCCACAAUGGUUUCAACUAGCAAUAGUAAGGUCACUGACACGGAUUCAAUUUCUAAUGACGAUGAAGAUGGCACUGAGCAGCACCCGCCAAGGGAAGAAGAGAAUGGCCCCGUUAUUUUCACUGGCAAAGUUGAUGAAAAAGGAAUGAUGAAACCUUCUUAUGCAGAACGGGGAUCUAAUGUACAAUCAAAGCAACCAAAAACCAUCAAAAGUAUAAUAAUGGCUUUGAAAGAAGGGAAAGUAAGAGAAAAUAUUUCCCCAAUGAGAGGCAACUGUGCGAAAGUUGUAGGUGGAUUGACUCAAAGAAAUAAUGUAGAGGCAUCACCCAAAGUUCUCAAACCACCUGCCCCUGCUCUGGGUUCAAAGUCUAAUGCAGAUACCGCUACUGUUGUUUCAGGAAAAGUACCAUUAGAUUCUGCAAAAAAUAUACCAGUAUCACACCAUUUGAAGCAGCAGUUACCUGUAAUUGAAUCCUCCCCAAAGACUAAACCUAGACAUGAAGGGAUUCCUCCCCUUGCGCCUACGAAGCAUGUUGCUGAAGAUGGACUAUCUUCUAAGCCUAGGCAAAAAACUCCUCCUUCCAACGUUGCAAUAAGAUCAUCAAUUUCCGGAAGAAUGAAGCAUGCCGGAACUGAUGCUUCAAAUGGAGCAUGUAACAUACCAAAGUUAGGAUAUACAGGAAUAAACCAGAGCCAUGAAGCUAUUCCUCAUCAACUGCCCAAUGGUUGCCUUACAAAUGUUUCCAGGGAGAUUACACAAGAGGUUGAGAUAGCUCUAACUGGAGCAACCAAGGGGGUGCAAGCAGAUAGCGGCAACUCUAUCUCAUCUUCAAUCUCAAUUCAAGCAUUUGAGAUUUGUGAUGAUUCAAAAACCCCUUUUAAUGACAUGACAGGACAGACACAAGAUCAUGAGAUAAUCACUCACCUCAAGAGCUUGGAAUUGCAUCCACCAUGUAGCUCACCUGCUUCUCUGCAAUCAGAAAUGCCCGAGGUUCUGUUGAGAGAAAGCCUUGGGCACGAUCAUAAAUCUGUCACGUGUUCUACUGAAGAAUCUGGUCCUAUCCAGGAUCUUAUGCAUUUCACAUCAGUUGAUGCAAAAGUGAGUUUGAGUGCCCCUUUGAACCUUCCAGUCCUGAGUUCCACAGAAAUUUCUGUUUGUAAAGAUGAUAUAGCUGUAAGCAGGACAAUUAGUAUGGAUGAUACUCCUUUAAGCAGGACUAGUAGGGAUGAUGCUACUUUAAGCAGGACAAGUAGUAGGGAUGAUGCGCCUAUAAACAGGCCAAACAGCAGGGAUGGUGCCCAUAUAAGCGGGUCAAGUAGCAGGGAUGAUGCCCCUAUAAUUAGGUUAAGUACUGGGGAAGAUGCCCCUGUAAGUGGGCCAACUACUGGAGAGGAUUGCCCCAUAAGCAGGCCAAGUAGUAAGGACGAAACUGUGGCAAGCAGACCUAGUAGUAGGCCUGAUAUGAUGCUCCAUUCAAAUCUUUCUUCUGCAUCAAGUGGUGAUGACAAGUUCACCGUAAUGGAACUUCUCUCAUCAGUUGCAGAAACUAUGCCUUGCAUUGCCUCACCAAUUUCAGCUAGCCAGAAGAAUUCACAGCCAGAUAAAGGAACAAAUGUGCAGAAUCCAACAAUUGAAAUACCGGUUGCGAGCUCUCGGCCUCCAGCUUUUGAUGAUGUUAUACAUGUUAUAAGGCACAGUAGCUUCCGUGUUGGCAGUGAGCAGCCAGUCAUGGAAAAAGUAGAAAUGGGUGUUCAAAAUGUGGAUGUUGGGAAACUCAUCAAUGUUGCGAGGGAUGAAUUAGAUAUGAGAAACAUGACUAGUCCAGUGACCCAUAAGUCGUCAAGUUGCUCUGAAGCUCUAAGUUCAAAAUCAAAUGUUUUGGAGUGUUCUGGUGUUAAAGAAAUGGAUGUUAGGAACUCUAUUUCUUCAUCUCGAAAAUGCGAUUCGCCGGAGCCUGCAAAGCCAAGCUCUUCUGUGACAGAAGAGGAGACACCAGCAAAGGAAACGUUGGAUGUCAAUUCUUUUAGGCAAAGGGCAGAGGCACUUGAAGGGCUUCUUGAAUUGUCUGCAGAGUUACUGCAGCAUAACCGAUUGGAAGAGCUCUCAGUUGUUUUGAAGCCUUUUGGAAAAGACAAGGUGUCCCCAAGGGAGACAGCUAUCUGGUUAGCCAAGAGUCUGAAAGGAAUGACGAUCGAGGAUUGUGGACGGAGUUCAUGAAGCAUUAUUUAUGGGGUAAGCAUUUUAUUUUUUGGUUUUUUUUUUCCUUGUUCAUUCACAUUGCUUUUCUAAUUGUUAGCUUCAUAAUUACCAUAUGCUCAUCUUCCUUCUCUUCCAUAUGAAUUUUUAAACAGAACAAGCAGGUCUUGUCUUUUCACCUCAUCCUGUAAUUCUUUUCAAUGCAUUUUGUUAUUUGUACAUAGUUGACAAUACGAAUUAAGUAAACUUGUCGUCUAGACAAAUGUAUGGAUGUGCUGUAGAAUUAGAACAUGCCGAAUGCAAAUCAAAGUGCAAUUUGUAAUGAUUGAACUUUUGUAAGUUUAUAGUCCGUUUGGCGU